UCUAGAGCGAGAAACACUAAGAGAGAGAAACUGAGCGGAAAGAGACGAAGAAGAAGAAGAAGAGCGAGUUUUGCUGCGACUCAUCUUCUUCUCAUCAACUCUGGUUGGAUCGGAGAAUUCUGGUAACAUGUUGGAAGGUCCAUCAUAUCUCGUAUCUAGAGAUUUGCCAAGCUCUUGCGAGCAGGAAAGCAAGUGGAUUUACAAUACUUUCCGACUGAUUGAGCUUUCGAGCAAUAAGCGCAGAUUGGAAGAUGGAGAAGAGAUCACACUGAGGAAGUCCAGCAAGUUAUCGGAUUGUGUUGAAGGGGGGAAAGGCUGUAGAGUUGGCCAUGAUGUUUCCCAUGCCCGAGCUGACCAAUCGAAUGAUAAGCGUCGGGACGGGGAUGAUUCUAAUCAAUCAAAUGACCCUCAUCAGGCUGAGGAUCAAUCUGAUGACUUUGAUUCUGACCAAUCGAAUGACCAGAAUCAGGAAGAGGAUGACUCUGACCACUCAGAUGAUGAGCAUCAGCCGAGGGAUGACUCUGAACAAUCAAAUGACCAGCAGCAGGGAGGGGAUUACUCUGAUUGUAGCUCACUCAUCGGCCAACUUGGUAGGGACAUUUCAAUCAACUGUCUCCUACGCUUGCCAAGGUCCGAUUAUGGUUCAAUUGCCUCCUUGAAUAGGAGUUUCCGUUCUCUAAUUCGCGGUGGAGAGCUCUAUCGGCUAAGGCGACAGAUGGGCAUCGUGGAACAUUGGGUUUACUUCUCAUGCAACCUCCUUGAAUGGGAGGCAUAUGAUCCGAAUAAUAACCGCUGGAUGCAUUUGCCUAGAAUGACUUCAAAUGAAUGCUUCAUGUGUUCAGACAAGGAGUCCUUGGCUGUUGGUACGGAACUACUUGUUUUUGGGAAGGAAAUAACAUCCCAUGUUAUUUAUAGAUAUAGCAUUUUGACAAAUACAUGGUCAUCUGGCAUGAAAAUGAACAUGCCAAGGUGCUUAUUUGGCUCUGCUAGUCUCGGGGAAAUCGCAAUUCUAGCUGGUGGUUGUGACCCGCAUGGCAAUAUCUUGCGCUCCGCAGAGCUUUAUAACUCAGAAACUGGAACUUGGAUGACUCUACCAAGCAUGAAUAAAGCAAGAAAAAUGUGCUCUGGGGUAUUUAUGGACAGAAAGUUUUAUGUUAUUGGUGGUAUAGGAACAGGCAACCCCAAAAUUCUUACAUGUGGGGAAGUAUAUGAUCUUGAGACUGGGACUUGGACUGAAAUACCUGAUAUGUUCCCUGCCAGAAAUGGAGGGGCUGCUGCUGAUGCACCUACUGCUUCGGAGGCACCUCCUCUGGUUGCAGUUGUAAACAAUACAUUGUAUGCCGCGGAUUACGCUGAAAAGGAGGUGAGAAAAUAUGAAAAGAAGAGGAAUGAAUGGAUCACUAUUGGGAGUUUGCCUGAGCGAGCAGUCUCAAUGAAUGGUUGGGGUUUAGCAUUUAGAGCUUGUGGAGAUCGACUAAUUGUUAUUGGUGGACCGAGGGCUUUAGGUGGAGGGAUGAUUGAGCUAAAUUCUUGGGUUCCCAAUGAAGGGCCACCACGAUGGGACCUGCUUGCCAGAAAGCGAUCUGGAAGCUUUGUGUAUAAUUGCACAGUGAUGGGAUGUUGAGCGGUCUCCAGUUUCUUUGACGCCAUUCGUGCAGUGUGGAGUCCUUUCUGAGUGGAAUUUAUGAUCUUCGCUUUUCAUGGAGAUGAGAUUCUACCUCAUGGGUAAUCUCUGCUUUCCUCUUAUGGCAAAACUUCAGAAUUUGAUUUAGCCAUAAAACAGUUACAGGAGGUCUGGAGGUUUAAUUUCUUUCUCUCUCUUUUUCCUUUUUCUUUUACCUGUUGUGUUGCAUAUUUCCCUUUUUAGUUACCAUGAGAGCUUUUCAAAAGUUGGUAUUAUGUAGAACAGGCACAGGUGAAUAAACAAGUAGUGGUAAAUGUUUUAGGUUGUGAUGACUGUUUCCAUAAGUUCUAUUGAAACAUUGCAUAAUUGUGUAAUGGUUUACAAUCUUCUAUCUGUCCCUUUUAUUUAUGAAAUGAAAGUGGUUAAAUUUCGACCCCUGCCCAGACAAGGAAGGAAAAUAGGGGGAAAAAGAAAUGAUGCAUGGUUCCUACCUUCCAUUCAAGAUUUUUAUAUGCACUGGUACUACCGUCUCA